CGCUGUUGCAGUGCCUAGGGAAGUGAGUUAUCUCAUUAUUUAUGAAGUUAAAAACCUUUAAGAAAUUAAUAUAUGCGUAAAACCAGCAUCACCGUGAUAUGAUGCUAAUGUCAUGCCGUUCAUGAUUUACUGCACUUCAGCCACGUGAGGAAUACUUUGGUAUUGAAAAAGGUAUUACAGAGAUUCAUAUUGAAAAACAAGCAAACAGAAGGCUAAGAGAAGGAGUUGUUUAGCUUUUGACAGUAUUCAGUCAUGUGCAGACACAGGCUGGAGGAGCCAGGUCAUACUUACCUCAGAUGCCCUCUGUUCACUGGGAACCAUUCCUAGAUGGCCGUAAAUGAGGACUGUAAUCAUUCCCUUUUUUUUUUUUUUCCUUUUCCACUCUAAGGAUUUUAUGGAAAAGGAACUUUCUCUGGUUUAUGCAUCUUCAGUAGCACGUUGACCUGUAGUUAACUGGUUCUUCUAUUCCAAGAAAUUACUCUUAUUUACUGCCACUGUCUUCAAUAGCGUCUUUUACUAAAAUAGAUGUAUUAGGCACAGUUUGAAUGUGUGUUUUAAAAUAUACCAGAUAGAGUGGGUUUGCUUCUGUUGGAGCUGUGUCUAUGGGCAUCUUGUUGGGCAGUGAGAAGGGAUUCCCAGCUCUUCACACUGUGAAGAAAAAUUAACUUUAGUUCCCCCUUAUAAAAUAAGUGCCCUGGGUUAGCUGAUGGAAGGACUGAGGUGGAGCCCAUGCUGCAGGUUAGUGUCAGGGAAUAUCUAGUGUUAGCCCGCUUCAUUGUGCCGUGCCACCCAAUUUUCUGUGCAUGGCUCCUUUAUAAUAUUCCCUGCCCCUUUCACCACCCCUUUCUCUCCCCUUGAAGGAGACAGGCAGGUAAAGACACUUCCCUGGUAGCAGGGCUGCAGUAACAGGUGGGGAAUGUUUCUUGGGUAGAAACUGUAGGGAAAAGGCAGUCCAAACUUUUUUGGACACCACAGAGAGUUGAAAAAGUAGUUCCUCUGAACUUUGAAUUUCUUUGUUGAUCUGCUUUUUUUGGGCUGUAUUGUCAUUCAAAUUCAGAUUAUGAGAUGACAGUUUAGCCGAUGACAAGCAGGAGGCUGCCAAGUGGUAAUCUUGGCAAGCGUUAACCCAGGAAAACCUGGAGUGAGUUAGCUGCAGAUUGCAGAAUUUUGGGCCUUCGUGCUUUUUUUCUGUUUUUAAUAAUAGGAUUGUCCUUUCUACAGGCUAGUUUGGCUUGUAGCUUCCUUUUUUUGUGUAUGGUUAUCUAAAAGGAUAUUGAUUGUUCAAUGCAGCUAAAUCAUUGAGUUCAAGAUGCAGAGGUAGUUCGCACAGUCCCUGAGUUCUGUUAUGGCAGAACGUUAAGAAGUGUUAACUUUCAUGCCUGGGUGUUGCAUUUCCAGACGUAAGCUGCGAUAAUCUUAGGGGUUUUGUUCAACACUCUGCAAAUCGCUUGAUGCUUAAAUGAAGCCUCUAAACAAGGUCUAGUCUCCUCUUGACAUCAACAACUAAGUCUAGCUCGUAUGACUAUUGUACAUGCAAUUUUGAAAGGAGAACAAAAGCCUGACAUGUUAGUCAAGUUCUGUCCUUGUUGCUCUGGAGCUGAAGGAGUCUGUUCCAAGGUAACUCUGGCAACUGUGGGUUACAGGUCUGUAUUCUGCAGCAUAUGGUGUUCUCAUAUUUAUUUAUGAAAUUAAGGAAUUCUUAACAUGUCUCUUGUUCCAAUGUCGGUUUUUUGUGUGUUUUCCCUUCCUCAGGCAAAUGAUCUAUCUAUUUCUUGGAGCUGAUAAUUAUAACCGAAAUAGCCGAAAAGAAGAAAAACGGGAAAAAACACCCCAUCCCUUUUGUGGAGCCUUCUGCGGGAGUUCAGGAAUUUCAACAGAGUGAUCUUUCGGCAUAAACUGGUUUUUCAAGAGACAUUCCUGCCAUUAUGAAUGAAGUAGCAAUAGUGAAGGAAGGGUGGCUUCACAAACGAGUGGUGCACUUUCUUGAUGACCUGUGUAAGCAGAACCUUCAAGGUUCAGAUUAGUUCAAGGAUCGUCUGGCUUUCACGGUAUUUCAAAGGAGUGGCUGUGGCACUUGAUACAAAGGAUCCUGUAAGAUGCAUCUGAACUCUGAAGAUGCCAGCUAUAGAGGGCACAGCUGCUUCAGAGGAAAAACUGGGGGGAAGAGGAAAGGAGAAUACAUAAAAACAUGGAGGCCACGGUAUUUUCUUUUAAAGAACGAUGGCACGUUCAUUGGCUACAAGGAGCGACCGCAGGAUGUCGAACAGCGGGAAUCACCUUUAAAUAACUUCUCAGUAGCUCAGUGCCAGCUGAUGAAGACAGAACGACCUAAACCAAACACAUUUAUCAUUAGAUGCCUCCAGUGGACCACAGUAAUUGAAAGAACAUUUCAUGUGGAGACUCCAGAGGAGCGGGAAGAAUGGACAAAAGCCAUCCAAACAGUAGCAGACAGCCUCAAGAAACAAGAGGAAGAGAUGAUGGAUUUUAGAUCUGGCUCUCCCAGUGAUAAUUCAGGUGCUGAAGAAAUGGAAGUUUCUAUGACAAAGCCAAAACACAAAGUGACCAUGAAUGAGUUUGAAUACCUUAAACUACUGGGAAAAGGCACUUUUGGAAAGGUCAUUUUAGUUAAAGAAAAAGCAACCGGACGGUAUUAUGCUAUGAAAAUUCUGAAGAAGGAAGUUAUUGUAGCAAAGGAUGAAGUAGCGCACACGCUGACAGAAAACCGCGUUUUACAGAACUCGCGGCAUCCAUUCUUAACAGCUUUAAAGUAUUCCUUUCAGACGCACGAUCGCUUGUGUUUUGUUAUGGAAUAUGCUAACGGAGGAGAGUUGUUUUUCCAUCUGUCAAGAGAGCGUGUCUUUUCUGAAGACCGGGCUCGAUUUUAUGGAGCUGAGAUUGUUUCAGCACUGGAUUACCUGCAUUCAGAGAAGAAUGUGGUUUAUAGAGAUUUGAAGUUGGAAAAUCUUAUGCUCGAUAAAGAUGGGCACAUAAAAAUAACAGACUUUGGACUAUGUAAAGAAGGCAUAAAGGAUGGAGCAACAAUGAAGACUUUCUGUGGCACUCCGGAGUAUCUUGCACCAGAGGUGCUGGAAGAUAAUGACUAUGGUCGUGCAGUGGACUGGUGGGGUUUAGGAGUCGUGAUGUAUGAAAUGAUGUGUGGUCGGCUCCCUUUCUACAAUCAGGACCACGAAAAGCUCUUUGAACUCAUCCUUAUGGAGGAGAUUAGAUUUCCACGCACUUUGUCACCUGAAGCAAAAUCUCUCUUGUCGGGUUUGCUGAAGAAAGAUCCUAAGCAAAGGUUAGGUGGUGGUCCUGAUGAUGCCAAGGAGAUUAUGCAGCACAAAUUCUUCGCUGGCAUUGUUUGGCAAGAUGUAUACGAGAAAAAGCUUGUACCUCCGUUUAAGCCACAAGUUACAUCUGAAACAGAUACAAGAUACUUUGAUGAAGAAUUUACAGCACAGAUGAUAACAAUCACUCCUCCUGACCAAGAUGACAGCAUGGAUUGUGUAGAUAACGAGAGAAGACCUCAUUUUCCUCAGUUCUCCUAUUCAGCCAGUGGAACCGCUUAAUGUUUUGCAAUGUUUUCCCAUUCAGAAACAAAACAGACUGCGUUUUGGGGACCUUACUUCAAUGGACACUAGAGAACUUUCUAUAUUAUCUGAAUUACAAACUGUGUUUGUAUUACGAUUUAGAUGAAUUUGUAGGAAGCCUCACAGAUUCUGUAUUUAAAACAAUUCUUUGAUGCGUUUUUUGAGAAGGAAAACAAAUCCAUUCUUAAAGUAUUACGUCAAGGCUUUUAUGCUGAAUGACCAUAGGUUUUUAAGAAUAUACACCAAAACUGUUUACUUUAGAAAUAAUUAAGGUAUUCAACAUAUCAGCAACUCUGACCAGAAAAAUCCCCUUAUUUUAUUUAUUUCAUACAGUUCAUUAUCUAAAUAUAGAAUCUGCACUCUGAACAAUUAGAUUUAUAUAGGAAGAUAUAAGACUUUAGUAGCUAGUGCAAUAAUAUAAGCAACAAAGUGAACAAACUCUGGAGGGUCAAGGUUCAAACUCAUUUUGGACAGCAGUGAAGUGUCAUCCAACUCCAGAAAACCGACUAUAGGAACAGCAUUAAUGGCCUCAGUGAGGUAAAUCAAAAAGCAAAAGUUAUUUUUGUUAUAACAUCUGCUACAAGACAUUACAUAUCAAACCGAAUCCAGUGGAAUUGCCACGUCGUACAGAUGAGUAUUCCAUUCUAGACAGUGCAUUUAACGAUUCCAUUUGCGUAGAGUUUAGGAAUACUUCCUAGGAUUGGCUUCUCAGAACCUAGAAAACGCUUGAUUUACCAAUCUGAUAGGAAAUGCAACAAUGCAAAAUCACCCACUUUCACCACUGUAUGAAAAUACCAUACAGGUCUAAGUGAGAAAUCAUCUUAAUGAGUGAGUCAACCAGACAAAAGUACAUUCUGGCACUGAAGUAAUGACUUGUUGCCGCUUUUUUUUUUUUUUAAUGAAAAGAUAUAUGAAUAUAUAUAAACACUUAAUGAUUUUUUGCAUCAUGCCAGAUCAUUUCUUCUUUCUUGAGUGUGCAUUAAAGGUAUCAGCCAACAGUUCAUGGUGCCUUCUCACUCUUGAAGAUUCACUUUAACAGUGUUUCCCCUGUAUAAAAAAAAAAAAACUAGGUUGAAACUUCAUAUGUGUUUGAAUAAUAAUGGUGUUCAAAAAGUGAAAUUUUUUUUUUGUUUGUUUUUCAUUUUUAAUCUUAGUGGAAAAUUCCCCGCACCCUAUUUUUGUUGUAUCAUGUUUCUUUGUAAUUUUCAUAAAAGCAGUCUUAUUCUGUCUCUGCUGCGAAUGAAUUUAUUCCAUUGUAGGUUGCGUUCUCUUAAAUUGCUUUUUUUGUUUUUCAUUCUCUUGACUGUAUAAAAAAUGAUGACAUGUACCGCAGUUAACUAGCAUUUAAUUUUUUUUAUUUGAAAGGGAGUAUGUUAUGAAAACCCUCGCUUCCCUUUUCCAUGCAGAAACUGCUGUGUUUGCACAGAGAGCCCAUCAUCUUGAUUUUUUUUUUUUUAACAACAUUCAACGCUAGUAUUUUUACUCAUGAUAUGAAAGUUUCCCUCCAAAUACUUAAAUAAAAAUUGCUUUAACA